AACUUGAUGCUUGUCACAAAUCUGUCACAAAACACGUGUUGUGGUGUUGUGGUUGUGGAUCCUUGGUUGUGGAAGCCUGUGGUGGAAGCUGGUGGAAGGUGGAAGCAGUGAGACAUCUUUGGGUGGAAGUUGUGGUGGAACCCAUGGAAGUAGAAUAUUCAUGUUUGAUUCAUGUGAUCACAGCAUGUGAAAUAUGUUAGUCGUAUUACUUCCAUCUGUACCGUAACUUCCAUGGUGGAAGUAUGUUUUAUGUUUAAAAUAGUUGUCUUGUUAAGAAUAAAAUUUGUUUAAUAUUUAAAUCGAAAAACAACAUGAAGUUUAGAGGAUUAAUGACUGAUGCAGCAGUCAUGAAAGAUUUUAUGAAUGUAGCUACAGGUCUGUCUAAGUUUUCAAAGAACUGUGUUAUGAGAAUAACAACAAGAAAAGUUUAUUUUAUUAUAUCAGAGGAAGAAAGUGGGCCCAGACGCCCUUUAGCUUGGUGUGAAUUACCCGUUAAUUUUUAUUUUAAACAAUAUAACUUGGUAGGACUUAAUGAAGAGUAUAAUGAAAUUUACUUAGAACUGUCAACAGCCCUCUUGGCGAGAUCAUUAUCUCUGCUAAAACAAAAUGUGAAAUCUCUAAAAAUUAAAUUAACCAACAAGGACUCUCCAUGCUUAACGUUAGAAAUGGAAUUGGCAUCUGAAAGUAUACAAAGUCGACAGUGUGUACAUGACAUUCCUGUUGAGGUGAUAUCACUAAAACACUGGAAAGAUUAUGAGGAACCGCGAUUUAAUGACUUUCAUGUUUCUAUUGAAAUGCCUAACUUAAAAACGAUAAAAACAAUAGUCGAAAGAAUGAGAAACAUGAGCCAUAGUUUAAUUGUGUCGGCGACAAAAGAUGGACGAUUAACUUUCCAGAUAAAAACAAAUAUAGUGACUUUAUCAUCUCAUUUCCCAGGCCUGAGCGUUGAAAGUUUUGCUAUUGGUCAGCUACAAUUAUCCCAGGACUAUGAAAAUGACGAAGAACAACGAGUGAAUUCAGUUGUUGACAUUAAGAAGUUUCUAAUGUUUCUGUCAGGUAUGCAGCUAAACCACUGUCGAACAGUCUGCAGCAUUGUUCAUGGUAAAAUGGUAAAGUUAUUCAUGGAACAACCAGGAGUGCUCUCGUUACAAGUAUUUUUAACACAAUUAAGCAUCUAAAACUUUGUAUUUAAGCUAAAACACUUACAAGAACAAUUAAAGUAACUAAAAACAAAAAAGGUAGCCACGUUUUUACAAAACCACAGAAACUUACAUACUUGGAAUAAAUUAACAUUAAGAAUGCAAGUUUUACCAUAUUCCAGCUUUUGGAAUUGUCAUAUUGCAUUAAGUUAAGUGCUGUGGCAACAUGUGAAUGACAAUUAUCACAAAAUAAGUUGUGCAUCCGACCGCUGUAUAUUUCGGAAGCUUCAGUCACUGCUCUGUCCCACCCUGUGAUGCCGCCAUAGGCUAGUGCAGGCUUGAGCUGCCAGUAUUUUGUGGGGCGCCCAAAAGCCAUGUUAUCUUGGGAGACGUAAUAAGGUCCGGCAAAGUCGCGAAUAAUGCCAGAACUUAGGCAUACUCCCAUGUGUCCGAUAAAAGGGAAGAGCCACGUCAGGAUGGGAAUGGGGGUCCAUACUAUGCAGCACGGGUAUCGAUCCUUUGAUUUAUCGAUUUCGCCAAAUUGUGUCAUUUCGACGUCGGAAGGGGAAGCCAUGUAAUCAACGACAAAUUUCCAUUUUAUGCAAAGUGUUUUAUCUGGUUUUCAAA